AUGGCGAUGAAUAGCGCUGGCUCAGUACCUGCUCUGUUGGAGAGGUUGUCGUCGCUUGCGCCACUCAUUGAGGAAAUCUGCUCCAUUGGUGGCACCCCGAGUGUAUCUCUCGGAGUCAUUGAUCCGAUCCUUGGCUUCUAUCUUGCCAAUUAUGGCUACAGAGAUGUCGAGCAUGGGAUCAAAGCCGAUUCCGAUACCGUCUACGGCCUCGGUUCGUUGACUAAGGCUUUUACAUCGGCAGGGAUCGGAUCCCUUGUGUCGGACGGCAAACUUCGGUGGGACACCAAGGUCUGCGAGCUUCUUUCCGAUAUCGACAGUGUUGUACCCGUAUUUAAUGACCAAGCAACCAUUGUAGAUCUCUUGGCGCACAGGACAUCUAUCGCGCGGCCAAAUGAGAUCUGGUAUGGCGCCGGGGGGGAGCUACUGCUCAGCAACGAUCAAUCAAUCCCAACUUUCAAUUCGUUGCUCCCGAUUAGCCAAUUUCGCGGUGCAUUCCGAUACAGCAAUUGGGGCUACACACUGGCAGGCGAUGUGAUCGAACGGCUCAGUGGGGUGGGUUACAGCUCCUAUCUCGAGAGUCGGAUCCUUGACCCGCUGGAUAUGAAACGCACAUCAGCGGAUCGAGAACGGGUGCGAGAUGACAACGUUGCCAGUCCCUACGCCGCGCUUGACAAUGCUUCUUUCCACCCUUUGCCCGUGCCGAAAGCCUGUGAUGGGAGCAUCAUGAACGGCGCGCAGGGGAUGCGAGGGACGGUGAACGAUUUGCUCAAGUGGUGUGCCGCUCUGAUGGAAGCGCAGAGAGGGGAUCUGGCCUCCCCAGCAGCCUCUGCAGACGCAUCACCACUCCGGGGCAUCGCGACACAGAUGUCGAGCCAUAUAGCAAUUUCCAUGCCGCAAUAUCGCGAGACAAGCUACGGGCUCGGGUGGGCCCGCACUCAACUGCCGGGCACACUAGGAUCGAUCGGCUGCAACGGCAUGUUUGUGAAGCAGAUGCCCACCAUCGGUCCGGCCACGCAGCAGCAGCAGCAUCUAGUGCUUUACCACCAGGGAAGCUUGGCAGGUUACACGUCAGCCCUGCUGCUUCUCCCGGAGACGCGGCACGCCAUCGUGGUGCUCACGAACUCCAUUGGACUGGGCGACUGCGCCGACUGGAUCAGCCAGCUCAUCUUGGAGACGGUACUCGACAACCGCCGCCACGACUUUCCGACCCUCGCCCGAGAGGCCGCCCGCGGUAACAUCCGCUUCAAUGAAGCUAUCGGCAAGAGCUUGGAUCACCCCCCGUCCACUGCGAGGGGCCCUCCGCGACCGUGGCGGGCGUACGCCGGUCGGUACCACAAUUCCGUAGGCAAUUUCCGCCUCGAUGUUGGUGUCAAGGACGGCCGCGCGCUCGAGGUGCGGUUCCAGGGACGGAACUCCCAGGCCUGGCGGCUUCGGCACUACGACGCCGACACCUUUGUCUGGUUUACCUCGCGGGACGACCUGGCGAGGCGCGCUAAAUUUACCUACGCCGGCGAGGAGAUAUAUAGGAUAACGUUUGCAGGCGCCGAAGGUGGCCCGGCCGACUUCUUGUCAUGGAAGCAUGAUCCAGAUCUGGAGGCGCCAGAAGUUUUUGUGCGGUCUUAA